AUGUUCAUUGUCGAAUGGUUCCGCGACGUCCUCUCCAGCUUGGGUCUGUUCAACAAGAACGCCAAGAUCCUCUUUCUUGGUCUUGAUAACGCCGGAAAGACCACAUUGCUUCAUAUGUUGAAGAACGAUCGCUUGGCCACGCUCCAGCCUACUCUUCACCCCACAUCCGAGGAGCUCUCCAUCGCCAAUGUCAAGUUCACUACAUUCGACUUGGGCGGCCAUCAGCAAGCCCGCCGCAUCUGGAAGGAUUACUUUGCUGAGGUCAACGGAAUUGUCUUCUUGGUGGAUUGCCAGGACCGUGAGCGCUUCUUGGAGUCCAAGGCCGAGUUGGAUGCUCUGCUUGCUAUUCAGCAAUUGGAGCGUGUUCCCUUCUUGAUCCUCGGAAAUAAGAUUGACGCCCCUGGCGCCGUUUCCGAGGAAGAGCUCCGCUCUGCUCUUGGAUUGAUCCAGACCACCGGCAAGGGCAAGGUCCCAUUGAAAGACAUGCGCCCCAUCGAGGUCUUUAUGUGCUCUGUUGUCAUGAAGCAGGGAUACGGUGAUGGUUUCCUUUGGAUGUCCCAGUACAUCUAA